AUGAACGUAGCAGCAAGGGCUCUAGCAAGAAGAAAUGAGUUCGUCCGGAGGAGUUUCUCGGCUCCUCGCCGUUCUCUCCACCUCGCACCACCCUUUCUCCUCGACGACUACAUCCCUAGAUACAUGACACUGUCCUCCAUCGACGAAUCCAAGAAAAGAUCCAAGGCCUACCAUCAUCUUUCAAAGUGCAAUCUGUGUCCGCGACUAUGCGGGGUCAACCGCUUCGAGACGACGGGGAUGUGCCUGAUUGGCGACAAUACAAAGGUCAAUGUAAUCGCGCCGCAUUUCGGUGAAGAACCAUGCGUUCAAGGACACAAUGGGAGUGGCGCCGUAUUCUUCUCGGGUUGCAAUCUGCGUUGCGUCUUCUGCCAGAAUCAUGACAUCGCCCACCAGCGCAACGGCCAAGACCUGACGCCCGAAGAACUGGGCGAGUGGUACAUCAAGCUGCAGCAGGUCGGUCGCGUCCACAACAUCAACCUCAUUACACCGGAACACGUGGUACCCCAGGUCGUCUUGAGCAUCCUGCAUGCAAGGAACCUGGGUCUGAAGGUCCCCAUCAUUUACAACACGUCCAGUUUUGAUUCUUUGGCGUCACUCGAGCUUCUCGACGGAUUGGUCGAUAUCUACCUCCCUGACUUCAAGGUCUGGGAGACCAGUACGUCCAAGCGCCUGCUCAAAGCAGACGACUAUGCUGCCACGGCUCGCGAGAGCAUCAAGGCCAUGCACGAGCAGGUCGGCGACCUAUGCUUUACGGGCGAUGGCAUCGCCAAGAAGGGCCUCCUUGUUCGCCAUCUGGUCAUGCCAGGGAAGGAGUCCGAGGGCCAGCUGAUCAUGGAAUUCUUAGCUAAGGAGGUGUCUAGAGACUGCUUUGUCAACAUCAUGGAGCAGUACCACCCAGACGCUCACGUCGGCAAGUCGAAGAGACGAUCCAAAGCAGGAGCGGAAUCCCAAGGAGAAGAGGUUCGAUACAGUGAAAUCAACCGCGCUGUAUCGGAUACUGAAGUAUCUUCGGUUCGGAAGGCCGCGGAAGCAGCUGGUCUGUGGCGAUUCUGUGAUCCUCCGAGGCAUGAUGGGUUCAACAUCUGA